CCUACGCUGUAGACUAGAACGUGUAUCUAUGCCCUACGCUGUAGACUAGAACGUGUAUCUAUGCCCUACGCUGUAGACUAGAACGUGUAUCUAUGCCCUACGCUUGGGCUCUCUCCAACCGGAAACGUUUCAGACCUUUUUGUAAAUCAGCUGUUCCCCAUUCUAUCCGUCACAUCCGCUUUGAAGUUUGGAAGAACACCGCGCGAAAAAAGAAGGCUACGAUCAUAAAGUGAAAGAUGGAUGUAGACGUGAUUAUUUUAAGUGACAGCGAUGAAGAUCUGUCCCAAAUGAAUGACUCUGUGUAUAUCGUGGAAAAUGUUAAAACAGCAGUCUGUGAACAGCUGAACAGUAGCAAGCCAAUAGGAGAUGAGGACCUCAUUGUAACAUUCUCCCAGAGUGGAGAGGUGCUGCCUCACGCAAGAUACGACUGUAGCACACACACCUUCACGCCAUCUGACAGUUGUAUUGGAGGUCCCCUGGAAACCAACCAUCUGUUCUGCUCUCAGUGUUUUUGCUACAUCUGUGACAAGGUUGCUUCAGAGUGUUCUGUGUGGAUUGUGCCUGGACUGUGUCAUUGUAAUGCCCAUAAGAAAAGUGUGUUCUGGACCAGCAAGAGAGACAAGGUGGUUCUGGGGUACCUACAGACAUUCAAUUUCAACCUGCUGGAGAUCGACAGUGACCUUCGACUGGCAGAGUCUCUGCUUAUGAAGUUGGAGGAGGAGUUAUCAUCAGAGUACACCUCCUUCCUGGUGGGCCAUGCCCCUUCCCUACAGGCCAACAACUGUGCCUGUUAUUGCCACUCAGCCAAUUGGGUCGAUUGCCGGAGAUGCCUGUUCAAUCACAUGCUGCUACAGAGCUAUGAUUACACAGGGGUGUUUGAGUGUGUGAGUAGGUUCCUGGACCGAGCAGAGAAAGAGAGGCCGAAAGCUGCAGCUGUGAUGAGACUGGGGGUCGCUAAGAUGUUCAUCACACACCAUCAACCACCAGGAAGGGUGAUUUCCCAACAUCCAGAGGCCAAAAUACCUGAGGCCAUACCGUUGCUGCUUAACAGGGUGACGGAGGCUGUGAGGAGGCAGAUGGUGGAAUGUAACUUCGGUCUGGAGUUUCUCCAGAAACUUCAGAGUUUUUACCGGACUUUCCCACUACCUCACAGCUGUGUUGAAAUGAGAAACAGGUUGUGUGUGCUCCCCUGGACAGACGUUCUGCUGGUCUCCGUGUUAAAUGGACAGAACGUCACUGGAAUCCGACCGGGGAAAAGAAAGAAAGAACAGCUGACUGAAUCUCCUGCUGUUGUCCUGCUGAGAGCUGAGAUCCUGCAGACACAGAACAGGUACAGGGAAUUGGCUCGCUACCUGAAAGUGGUCCAGACUCACAUCACAGACCAUGUGAAGGAGGUGCUGGACCUGAUUCCUUUCUUCCUGAUGAAGGCAGGAGACUUUAGCUCCGCCCUCUCCUCGUUCUUCUAUUCGCCCCCUGGUAUCUGUUGCCCCGCCUGUCGCAUCACUCCGCCCCUCUUCUCUCUCUAUCUACGCAUCCUCACCACGGCAACAGCACCCUGCACCACCACUGCUCUGUCCCCUGAUGACCCCUGGGAGGAGGUCAAAGGAGCUGUUGCCACCAGGCUGGUGGAUGUGGUGAAGUUCGGUCUCAGGGUUCUGAAAAUCAACAAGGCUCUCUACUUGGAUUCUCAGGGUUGGGCUUGCUUGAUAAAAACCCUCCCGUCUCGUGUUGGUCCAACUGAUGCAGCAUUCCUGGAGGAGGCGAGAGAUCUUACUAAGAAGAUAUUACUCAACCAAGGAUCUCUGGGACAAAACAUCCAGAUACCUCGAGCCUUUCUCAUGGUGUAUCCAGACCAGGCCCUCCUGCUCCUCGUAACACAGGCUCUGGCUUUACGGAUAAUAGAUCGACCUUCAACCUCCAUCCUGGCCAUUUCCCAUGCGUACAAGGAUCACCCCUGGGCGAGGCAGUGGUUAAUUAAGACUCUGUGUUCAUCUCCUGACUUCUCCCUGAGAUUAGAGGCUGGGCUAACCAACACAGGCUGUCCAGAUUCCCUCCCCAAUCCUGACGCCCCCCACCCCAUCCUGACACCCCAUCCUGACACCCCCUCGACGGCCCCUCUGCCAUCCUGACACUCCCUUCCCCAUCCAGACUCCCCCCGACGCCCCUCCCCCUCCUGACAUUUGUCUGCAGCCACAGGUUCACGAUCGGUCCCAAUCGGGUUUGAGCAGCCACCGGGGGACCCACAGAUGAUCCAGGAAGUCCUCCUGUCAGAGUUGUUCCUCUUAAGUUGAAUGUACAGUGUACAUAAUGUCUUCCAUUGAUUGUUUAUAUAAAGCUUUUUUUUUUUUUCAUGACGUUGCUUGGUUUGAGUUCACCAUCUUGUCUUUAAAAUGCAAAAUAAAACAGCAUCUUGCUAC